AUGUCGAAGACACGAGCCACAGUCUGCAUCGUUGGUGGAGGACCGGUAGGUCUACUCACCGCCCUCAGACUGGGGCAGGCCGGAAUAGACACACUGGUGGUCGAGGCUCAUGAUUCUAUUUUACCAACUACGAGAGCUGUCGUGUACAUGCCGGUUAUCAUUCCUGCACUCACUAAGCUUGGAAUAUUUGAAUCCAUCAAGCGCGAGGCAUAUCUGAACAAAGAAGGUAUCACCUGGCGAGACCUCGAAGGAAAGUCAUUGGCAAAGCUUCCUCUCGGCGACAAGCACGACGAUGAGUUCGGUGGUGUCCUGCUGCUGGGACAAUAUAAACUAGCCAUGAUCAUCCUGGAGGAGCUCGAGAAAUAUCCCUGUGUUGAGGUCCACUUCGGACUCAGAUGCUGUGGCAUCGAGGAUGUCACCGGUUCAGAAGCCGUCAAGCUUCUUUGCUCUCGCCGAUCGGAUAAUGCAGACGAGAUCAUCCACGCAGAGUACGUUGUCGGCACCGAUGGCGCCAAUAGCGCAGUACGACGGAUGCUCUGCAUACAAUCCGAAGGAUUCACCUACUCUGAUUGGAAGAUGAUUGGCACUGACAUAUUAUAUGACUUUGUUGGCGAAGAAGGGUACACGCCCCUCAACUUUAUUGUUCAUCCAGAGCACUGGGCUGUAAUCGCAUAUACAGGCCAGGAUGAGGGCGGCGGACCCAGCGGCACAGGCAUACCGCAGUAUCGAGUGGCUUAUGUGGAGAAACCAGAUCUUCCCAGUGCUCCUGAAGAAUAUCUGGAACGGGCUCAGAAACGUUUGCCUGUAUGGAUGAACGGAAGCAAGAACUUCAAGCUCUUACGAGCAGAACCCUACAUCAACUCUCAGAAGGUAGCGAGCCAAGCUAUCAAGGGUAGAGUCAUGUUGGCUGGGGAUGCGUUGCAUUCCAACAACCCGAUCGGCGGGCUCGGCUUGACCAGCGGCAUCGCUGACGCCUUCUGCUUCGGCAACGCUCUCACCAGGGUCAUCAAGCAUGGAGAAUCGCAAAGACUACUGACAGAAUGCGCAAAUUCAAGAAGGCAAACCUGGAUCGAGGCUACCAACAUGCUUUCGCAGGCAAAUAUCAGCAGGUUGUAUGGGUUUGAUCAGAAAACAACGACAGCCCGCGAGGCUUUCUUUGAAAAGCUGCGUACAGAUAGCGCAUUUCCAUCCGUAGUGCGAGCAGGAAUGGAUAAGAUGAUGACGGACACCUUUGAAUGA